AUGCGUCGAGCCGCAGACAUAGUUGAAGGUCAACUUGGUAAUGUCGAGGGCUCCCAGAUCCUUCUGCGCAGUCUUAAAAGGUGGAAGAUCGGGAAUGACGUAGGUAAAUUUGUUACUGACUUCCGGCACUCAAACGAGACUGGACGUGUGAAGCGGUCGGUCUGGGGGAUCAAUGGGAAUGCAGCCGAAAGGCGCUACAGCAAUAAUACCAUGGGCGCCAGUCAAUCUUGA